AUGGUUCAGAUCAAGGAAUUCCGAAUCAUCAUGCCUAUGUCGAUGGAGGAGUAUGAGAUAGGGCUCAGCUACACCAUCAUCAAGAUGGAGCAGCACAACACAAAUGGCAAGGAGGGCGUGGAAGUGCUGCAGCAGGUCCCUUUUGAGGAUGAGAAACUGGGCGAGGGCCAAUUCACCUCGAAAGUUUAUCAUUUGCAGAGCAAAAUUCCAUCUUGGAUGAAGGGCUUUGCAUCCGCGAGUUCUCUGGCUGUGCAUGAGGACUCGUGGUCCGCGUAUCCAAAGAGCAGAACAGUCAUGCAGUGCCCGCUUUUUAGCAAGUGUUCACUGACGAUUGACACUGUGAUAAGACCUGACAACGGCUCCUCUGAAAAUGCGCACAAUCUAAACAGCCAGCAGCUAGCUGCAAGAGAGGUGGAGAUCGUCGACAUCGCGUCAGUAUCGCGGGACUACUGGAGCAAGGUGAUCACUGCUCCAAAAGUUGACCUCACAACUUUCAAGUCCCAACGGACGGACCGAGGCCCUCUUUUGAAUGGGUGGAUGGAUUCAUGCCGUCCCGUGAUGACCAUAUACAAGCUGGUGGUCAUGGAUGCUCCCAUCUGGGGCCUGGGCGAACGGCUCGAGGACUGCCUCAUCGCGGGGGAGAGGGCGCUGUUUCUGGCGUGCCACCGGCUGUGCUUCGCGUGGAUAGACGAGUGGUACGGCAUGACCAUGGAGCAGAUCCGGGAGAUGGAGAGGCACACGGACCUACUCCUCAAGAAGACACUGAAAAAGGCUGCAAAACCUGGGAGCAAGCACGAGGGCAAGAGGAAGUCCCUCAAAGACGAAAUCGCCGUCGUGGGGAGCUGCACAUAG